AUGUCGAUUGAGCGUGGGAUGGAGAACAUAGUACAUGCAAAUGAAGUCUCUUUGUAUGGGAUGGAAGGAACAGGUGAAAAAGUGACUGCAAAUGAUGCCGUGGAAGAUCACCUUACUGGUUGUGAGAAUGAGAGAUUGCAAUUGGAGUUUGAGUUGAAGACUACAAAGGACAAGGUCAAGGACCUUGAAGAUGAACUGGCAAAGAAGGCAUGCAGUGAGGAAGAAUUAAAGAGGAAAUUGAUGAAAAAAUCAAGUCCAUUUGAAGAUGAAUUGCAAAAAAAGUUGCAUAAUGAAGAGGAAGUGAAGAGGAAAUUGGAUAUUGCAGAAGAAAAGAUCACAACAAAAGAAGAAGCAUUAGGAGAUUCUGAAGAUCUAAUCUGCCAGCACAAAAAGUUGAUUGAUUAUGGGUACAAACUGUUGAUUUAUAUCAAGCAGGAAAAAUUGGAAAUAGAACUCAAAUUGAAGACUACAGAGGAAAAACUCAAGGAUCUCGAUGAUAAAUUGAAAAAGAAAUUGUGCACUGAGGACGAAUUGAAGAGAAAGUUGGAAGUUGCAGAAAAAAACAUUCUAGCAAAAGAAAAGGCACCUAAGGAUGCUGAAGUUGCACUCCGCCAGCUCAAGAGGUUGUUUGAAUCUGAGUAA